UUAUUCCGAAAUAUAACUGAAAAGUCGAGUUGUCCAAUAUUAUCGGGUAGCCGAUAAUGUACGACGAGAAAAGGAUUUUAAAAUGAUAUUGGAUAAUAUCGACAUCGGUUUUGGCCCAAUAUGCAUAUGGCAUUGCUGUCAUGUCCAUGUUAUUGCCUGCCUGUGUUUUUGGUGUUUUUUCACCCACUGCUGGCACUUAGGUGUAAUUAGUUUUGAUAGGUUCCAGCACUUUCUGCUGACGUAUAAGUGCCUUAUUGGCACUUUGCACUUGAUCCAAAAAGCUGAUGUUUGCACUAUUUUGAUAAUAUUGGCACUUUUCUCUAACUUUAGUCGAAGUUGUCCUCUUAUUUUUCACAGUAUGUUUAUUUGGAAAACCUUUAUGUUGUUACAUUUUUCGUUAUUAAAGCAUCCAUUGGGGCACCACAAUACAAUUAGCCAUAAUAAAUUAAGUCCACGACCGUAUAUACCGUUAUCGGUUUGAUAUCGGUAUCUGAUUUAUGGAAUUGCACAAUAUCGGGAUAUUGGUUAAAAAGUAAUUAUCGGACAGCUCCACUGAAAAGCAUGCCAAAGUUCUUCUCUCGCAGCUAAUGAGUUUACAGUUUAACAAAAAAAACUUUCAUGAAGAGGACGGAAAAAGGAAAACUCAUCAAAAAAUAAUCUCUCCCAACACAAACGGAUUGGACGUAUAUCGCCGUCAAUGGCAGCUAAUUAUUUGAGCGGGAUGUGCAUCCAGCUGGGCAUUCCCAUGGGAAGCCAAGUGGUGACGUCACUGCUCCAUACUGUCGCUUUAAUUCGGAGCAGUGCAGAGGAGGAGGACGAGGAAGAAGAGGAGGUGCAGCAGAAUUGUGUCGUUGAAUGAACGAUUUGCAUGUGCAAACAUCACCGUGGAGGUCAAGUGCAGCUGUGUAGGGAGCCGCAUUUCUGCAGCAAGGUGGAGGAGCAGCGAGGUUGAUGCACCCGAAUGUCGUGGGAGGAAAUGGUCAAGAUGGCAGCGGAGUGACGUGUUAAAUGCUUCUGGGUGCUUGCAGAAGAAAGCCAAGCCGAGGUCUUUCAUUUCCUCCGCGAAGUGUCCUUAGCAUGCAUUCCAGCAAAUAGACUGCACCCGCCCCACUGCUCUUAUUUGCCUGCCCACACAUUGAUGGAAUGCGACCCGAGUGACUUCCCGACCUACUCAUCCCCCACCGUAACAUGGCCGAGCCCAGCGAGCCGAAUGUGGAGAUUGACCCGGACUUCGAGCCCCAAAAACGGCCACGCUCGUGCACUUGGCCGUUGCCCCGUCCGGAGCUCGGCGCGGCGGGCAAACCAGGGGCGAACGACGCUGAUGUCAUCCCCGAGGAAGAGGAUGAUGACGAGGAGGGAGGAGCCGGAGGAGGCGUCGGUGCUCUCCGGGAGGCCAACGGGGCUCUCGCGCCGAGUGCGCUCGCUCCCUCUGGCCUCCGCCUGACCGCGCCGCCCCGCAGCGAGGAGCCCGCGGAUGGUUCGCCGUCCUCAGCUCAACUGACGCCAAUCGCCGCUGCCUCCUCACAGCAGCUGCGGAAGUCGUCGGCCCGCCGGAACGCCUGGGGCAACUACUCGUACGCGGACCUCAUCACGCAGGCCAUCGAGUCGUCUCCCGAGAAGAGGCUCACCUUGUCUCAAAUCUACGACUGGAUGGUCCGCUCUGUGCCCUACUUCAAGGACAAGGGAGACAGCAACAGCUCAGCUGGAUGGAAGAAUUCCAUCCGGCACAAUCUGUCCUUGCAUAGCCGCUUUGUGAAGGUCCAGAAUGAAGGGACUGGGAAGAGCUCGUGGUGGAUGGUCAACCCUGACGGUGGCAAAGGCGGCAAGGCGCCACGUCGGCGUGCCGUCUCCAUGGACAACAGCAAGUACAUGAAAGGCGCCCGGGGCCGGGCCACCAAGAAGAAAGCCUCGCUGCAAGCUGCCCAAGACAGUGGGUCCGAGAGCACAUCAGGCCUCUCCAAGUGGACGGGCAGCCCCACGUCACGCAGCAGUGACGAGCUAGACGCUUGGACCGACUUCCGCUCGCGGACCAAUUCCAACGCUAGCACGCUGAGCGGCCGCUUGUCGCCCAUCCUGGCCAACCUUGAACCGGACGAGGCGCCUGACGAUGACUCACCGCUGUCCCCCAUGCUGUUCUCCAGCCCUAGCAGUGCGUCGCCGUCCACGGGACCCGCCAACCUAAACGACGGACUGAUGGACGACCUGCUGGACAACAUCAGCCUGACGGCGUCCCGUCAGGUUCCUCCCGACGAGGGUGAGGACGAUGACCCGGGAGGCUCCGUCUUCACCUUUAGCAGCCCGGUCGGGAGCUACGUGCCUGCCCCGCUUUUCAGCCCGCCGUCCAUAACCGGCCUGCGUCAGUCGCCCAUGCAGACCAUCCAAGAGAACAAGCAGACUAGCUUCUCUUGCGCGGCACACCUGACACUUCAGGACCUCCUGAGCCUGGACUCUGGUAAUGUCCUGCUCACCCAGUCUGACCCACUCAUGUCGCAGGCCAGCACCGCCGUGUCCAUGCAGAACUCUCGCCGCAAUGUGCUGCUUCUGCGGAAAGACCAUGCCUCCUCUGCCGUUCAGCCACAAAUUCCAUCCGGAAAUGGCCUCAGGUCUCCCGGCAAGAGCUCCCCGGCCUCGCCCGGCCGGGACCACUUCCCCACCACCACCGCCGACCUGGACCUGGAGGUGUUCAACGGUGCCCUGGAGUCCGACAUGGACUCCAUCAUCCGCAAUGAGCUGAUGGAAGCUGACUGCCUGGACCUCAGCUUCGACGUCGCCCACAACGCGAACGUCAAACCGGGGGGCUUCAAGCAGACGUCGAGCUGGGUCCAGAGCUGAGGGGUCCGGAACUAGACUCUGCUAGUGAGGUGUUCAAUUGUAUUAAUGUCAUUUCAUGUUUCAUCCUGGAGGUGAAUGCGUUAAAUUUAUGACCGCCAAUAACGGUGACAGACGUCCAAUCCCAUUUUACCUAGGAGGUCGGAGUUUGCGCAGUGAACGAAUGUUCGUGGUCGUUCGAGAACAAAAGUUUGUGAAGUCGUUUGUGAAAAAAGUUUAACUAAAGUUCGCGAAAUCGUUCGUAAAGUUGUUCGUAAACAGCAGUUGAAACUGAAAGUCUCUGAACUCGUUUGGUUAAGUCGUUCAAUGAAGGAAAGUUCAUGAAUGAAAGUUUGUGAACUCGUCCUAUGAAAAAAAGUUUGUCAACAAAAAUUUGUGACGCCGUUCAAUGCAGGAUUGCUUGUAAUUGAGGAGGGAUUGGACGUCUCUCGCCAUCAAUGGCAGCCAACGAGUUGAGUGUGGCCAGUGAGUUUUGUUAUGUGUACUGUACUCUCAAGUCUUUACACACACAAAACUGAUCAAUGAACAUGAGCAACUUGUCAUACUGGAGCAAAAGUUUUAUUCGUCUCAGGGAAGUUUUCUCUCGUCGACAUUUUUGCCAAACCUGGGCCGACAGCCCGUUUACAAAAAGGAAGAUACUUGACAUCUUUAUCAUUUUUUUUUUUGUCUCUGAGUUUGAUGAUCAUGUUGUUGUGUCAUUGACGGUAAUGGUCAUUAGUGUCAUAGAAUCGGUUACAAAGUAAAUUUUCCAACCCAUGUCUCGGAAGCCACAUAAGGAAAAUGAUUGGCUUUGGUGUUAGGGGUUAAUACAUUGUACGUUCAAGCCAUAUCAUGACGCGUACGGGUGAGCUUUUUUUUUAUUUGCGUAAUGACCCACGUUGUAUCGGAACAGUAGCAACAGCUCAGAGCUACAGUGCUUGACAAAUGUAUUUGAUCAUGUUUUACCAUUUUGAACAGAAAUGUUUUUUUCCCCUUUUGUGAUAUCUCAGCUCUUAAUUAAUGAAUAUUGCAAGUACUGAUUCCCAUCACACUCAAACUUCAUCCUUAAGAUUUCAUUUUUUUUCAUGAUAAAUUGAGAUUUUUUUAAUCCCCUUCUUUAAGAUAUGUUGACUUUUUAUUUCUUGUGAAUUAUAGCAAAACUCAUAACUGAUUUCAUCAAGUUAUGACUUCACAUUUUCAACUUUCAGUUAUUUAAUUUGUAAAUUAAUGUAGUGAUAUCCUUCCUUCUUGGACUUGUCUUUUUUCAUCUUUAUAUCCCACAUUAUUCAACUAUACGGUGAUUCCCUAUCCCCAAACAACUUUUAAGUUGUGACCUUUUCAUGUUUUCUUAAAACUGUACUCUUAUUAAAUUGCCACAACCUAAUUGGACAACUUUUAUUCCAUUUGGAAAUUUGCCAAUCUUAUGACCUUAUUCUUGUAAUAUAACAUUUUUGUAACUUUCUUCUGAUUUUUUCGCGUGAUUUUGGCGAUACCCCCCCCCCCAUUUUUUCCUAGUAAUUUCUUGUAAAAUGUUGUCAUUUUAUGUGAAUUUGCAACCAUUUUUCAGAAUAUUGCACUUUUAGAUGUGUCAUUUUAAAACGUUCAUGUUAAUUUAUUACAUUCUUGCAAAAGUAGAAUUCACUUUUUCCCUUGUUACAGUAUAUUGCGUCUUUAUUCUCAUAAUGUACAACUUCAGAAAUGUUCAACCAUUAUUGCAGUAUUAUGAUUUGCAUGAACGUUUUGUUGUUGCCAUUUUGCCAUUCUUUGAGUACUGGUCUAAUACAUUUGUUAAGAGCUGUAAGUUGACCAUGAACUCACUGACUGCCGUUGACAGUGAUAGAAGUCCAAUUUUACUGGGAAGGCUAGUGGUUAUUUGACUUGCUCACGUUUGUUCCUUAACUUUUGUUCAUUGAACUUGUUCAUAAACAUUUGUUCACAAACUGUUGCUCACCGACUUUCGUUCAUUGAAGUCAUUCACAAACUGUUUUUUCAACAAAAAAAAAAAAAAAAAAAACUUGUCGACUGAACUCAAGGGCGUAUGUUUGGUCUCAACAUUUGUAGGGACGAUAUAACAGCAUAACCUGCAUGUACACUUCUUGCUGGGGACAGGACAUCAAUAAGACCAAACAUAUUGGAUGAACGGGGGUCAGGGCCUCAUUUCUCGUGAAUAUGAACCUAAUUAAUUGAUAGGGUAAAUGAUCAAUGCAAAAUAAAUCUGUAUUGACUUAUAGUUUCAUGUGUUCAGGUGAUACACCGUUUGAUUCAAACCUUUGUUUUCAAAAACUAAAACAUUUUGAGAACUUCCAGUAUAAAUGCCUGGAUUUUAUUAGCAAAUUUAGAUUGUAACAUUUGAACAUAAUUUAAUUACAUUAACAUACACAAUAAAUAAAAAAUUGUUAAUAAUCUCUUAACUAUCCAGGAAUGCAAAAAUAAAUAAUAAACAUUUGCCUUGCCACUCAACGUUGUCCAUCUAAAUAAAUGAAAUAUUACUGAAAAGCCUUCUUAGUGAGGGAAUAACAAAAAUACCGUAAUGGCCCGAAUAUAAGACGGCUAUGAUUAUAAGACGACCCCCUCUUUUUCAAGACUCAAGUUUGAAAAAAGACUUUUUGAACACCAAAUUAAUUUUUAUACAGAAAAUUAUUACAGUACAUUCGUAACAAAUGAUUAUACAGUGGGGAGAACAAGUAUUUGAUACACUGCCAAUGGGUUUUCCCAUUGUCAGUGUAUCAAAUACUUGUUCUCCCCACUGAACCAAUUUAUUUGAGAGAAAAAGCAUGUAAUUUUGCCUCAUUCAAAUCUUAAUAUCUGAACAUUUAAAUAUGUAAACUAAAGUGCAAUCACAUUCGUAAAUGAAUGGCUUCUGGUUUUUGAAAUGUAAAUAAACCUAUCUAUUGUGCUAAAACAACAAAAUUGCAAUAACUGCAUUAACCAUCAAAGUGAAGUCUAAUUGUAACUGUAGUCUUGAAACAAAUCUGAAUAAGGAAAAAUAUUGCAAUAAAUUAAUGCAAACUGGUUAAACUUGAGAGUAGCUGAGAUUUGUCAUGACAACAUCGCUUCAAUGAUAUCUAGCGUCGUGAAUGGGGAGAGUAGCUGAGAUCUGUCAUGACAGAACAUUGCUUCAUUGAUAUCUGGCGCCAUCUAGCGUCUUGAAUGGGUAUGAUGUCUAGACCGCAAACAUAAGACAACCCCCUGUUUUUCAGUCUUAUUUAAAUGCAAAAAACACCAUCUUAUAUUCGGGCCAAUACGGUAAAUAAAAAUGGAGCCUUCCUUCAGGUUAAACACUACUGCUUCGGUUUUUCAGUUGCAAAAUUAGUGGUGUGUUCCCUACAUCCACACCGUUGAUGUCUUUUUAAAUUACUUCAAAGGGGGCGGAGGAGGCGGCAUGUUGUCGACAUGUAUUUCUGUCAGGGCUGUGAGUGCGUGUGUGAGUUGGCGGGGUGUCAAGUCAUCAGCCAAUCAAAUGUGCGUUUGAGGGGAGAAAAAUGGACUUGCACAUUCAGAAAAUUAAAAGGGGUAAAUAUAAGUGAACAUAAUGAAAAUAAUUCAUUUAAUAAUGGUAGGAUCAAUUCUGUUCUUGCAACAUAAGACGAACAUAAGACGAUCUACAGUAAAUGACCCAUGUAACUGAAGUCAUUAUAUAAUGUAAAUAAGGUUGCCUAAAAGUUGGUGGGGACAAUUUGAGCAUCCUGAAAAGUUGGUCGUGUUAGUGUCCUUAACAUCCCCAGACAAACCUACUCCCUUGACUGAACUUGUUCACAAACUUUCAUUCAUUGAACUUUUUGAAACUUUCAAUGAAGUCGUUUACAUACUUUCACAACUUUUGUUCAUUGACUAGUUCAAAAAACUGUUCACUUGUUCAACUUUCGUUCAGUUGCUAUUUCACAAACAUUUGUUCAUUGAAGUUGUUCACGAACUUUCGUUCACAAACAUUACAUCACUGAACUCAUUCAUGAACUUUUCUUCAACUUUCGUUUACCAACUUUUGUCCAUUGAACUCAUUCACGAACUUAGAUUCACGUGCUAGUUCAUCAACUUUCAUUCAUUGAACUCAUUCACUAACAAUCGUUCACCAUCUAGUUUUUAAAAAAAAACUUUCGCUCAUGAGCUUGUUUUUUUUUUUUUUUCCAAACUUUCAUUACCAAAUUUUCAUUCACGGCACCCGUUCACAUACAUACUUUUGUUCACUAACUUUUAUUCAUGGAUGUCGUUCACCAACUUGUUCACUGAAGUCCUUCACAAACUUUUGUUCACAAACCUUUGUUCAGGAACUUUCGUUCACCAAUAUCCAUUCAUAAACUUUUUUAACUUGCUUUCAUGAAUAUUUGUUCAGUGAUCUUCCGAAAAACAUUCAUAAAAACCAAGGACCUAUGUUUAGUUCGCGUUCACCCAAACUGUCAACUACAGGUACAGUGGUAUGAAAAAGUAUCUGAACCAUUUGGAAUUUCUCACAUUUCUGCAUAUAGUCACCAUCAAAUGUGAUCUGAUCUUUGUCAAAAUCACACACAUGAAAAAACAGUGUGUGUGCUUUAACUUAAACACCCCAAACAUUUACAGGUUUUCAUAUUUUAAUGAGGAUAGUAUGCAAACAUCACAUUUAAUAUUUUGUGCCCCCACCCUUUGGCAGCAAUAACUUUUACUUUUAAUGCUUCCUGUAGCUCAGUCUGGCACAUCGAUCAGGACUAAUCUUGGCCCAUUCUUUACAAAACUACUGUAGUUCAGUCAGAUUCCUGGGAUGUCUGACAUGAAUCACUGUCUUUAGGUCAUGCCACAGCAUCUCAAUGGGGUUCAAGUCUGGACUUUGACUUGGCCACUCCAGAACGUUUAUUUUAUUCUUCUGAAACCAUUCUGAAGUUAAUUUACUUCUGUGUUUUGAUCACUGUCUUGUUGCAGCAUCCAUCCUCUUUUUAGCUUCAACUUUCUGAUAGACGGUCUCAGGUUUUCCUGCAAAACGUCCUGAUAAACUUUUGAACUCAUUUUUCCAUUAAUGUUUGCAAGUUGUCUAGGCCCUAAGGCAGCAAAACAGCCCCAAAUCAUGAUGCUCCAUCCACCAUCCUUCACGGUGGGGAUGAGAUGUUGAUGUUGGUGAGCUGUUCCAUUUUUCCUUCAAACGUUGUGGACGUUGUGUGUUAUUCCCAAGCAAUUCAACUUUGGUUUCGUCAGUCCACAAAAUAUUUUGCCAAAACCUCUGUGGAGUGUCUAAGAAGUGCCUUUUUGCGAUCAUUAAAUGAGCAACAAUGUUUUUUAGACAGCAGUGGCUUCCUUUGUGGCGUCCUCCCAUGAACACCAUUCUUGGCCAUAGUUUUACAUAUAGUUGAUGUGUGCACAGAGAUAUUGGACUGUGCCAGUGAUUUCUGUAAGUCUUUAGCAGACACCCUAGGGUUCUUUUUUUUACCUCUCUAAGAAUUCUGUGCUGAACUUUUGGUGUCAUUUUUGGUGGACGGCCACUCCUUGGGAGAAAAGCAACAGUGCCAAACUCUCUCCAUUUGCAGACAACUUCUCUGACUGUCGAUUGAUGAAUAUCUGGACUUUUAGAGAUGGUUUUGUAUCCUUUACCAGCUUUAUACAAAUCAACAAUCCUUGGUCACAGGUCUUCAGACAGCUCUUUUGACCGAGCCAUGAUGCACAUCAGACAAUGCUUCUUCUCAUCAAGACAUAUCUUACUAGGUGUGUGUUUUAUAGUGGGCAGGGCAGCUUUAAACCACUCAUCAAUGAUCGGUUGUUUGGUAAAAAUUGGUUUCAAUUGCUCUUUAAGUCUCCUUAGGCAGAGAGUUCACUUACAUAUUUUUCCCCUUUCUGUCAUUGUUUGCGUGCUAUCCUCAUUAAAAUAUGAAAACCUAUAAAUGUUUGGGUGGUUGUAGUUAAAGCAGACACUGUUUUUUCAUCUGUGUUAUUUUGAUAAAGCUCAGAUCACAUUUGAUGGUGAUUUUAUGCAGAAAUGUGAGAAUUUCCAAAAGGUUCAGAUACUUUUUCAUACCACUGUACUUAAUGAACUUCCGUUUAUUGAACUAGUUCACGAACUAACCUUCAUCAAAUAAUUACAGUAGAGCCCCCACAAUGAAUUUCACGUCUAUUGCUAUCAAUAAGUUAACUUUGGAAAUGGUUAUCAUUGUCUUGAAUGAAUGGACAAUCCAGACGAAACUAAACGAUAAGUUUACUUGUUUACUUGUGAGAUCACUUUCCCUCCAUUAUGUCACUUUUAGAGUAAAUAAGCAAUGUGAUAAAUGAGCGUAAACGCAGCCUGCAGAGGACAGUUUGCUGUUGUUUGGUGCUAUAAAUAAGCUAGAAAAAGAGUGAUUUAGUAAAUCCCAGCCUCUGUCCCACCCUUAUUAUUAGCACUAGCUUUGUGCUGCCACCGUGAGACGGAAGCCAGUAUCGCCAGAGCCAUUCUUGCCAUUUCAAGACAAUUUUCCAACAUUUUGCCAAACGUUUCUGCGUAGACAUAUCUAUAGAGUUAGGUUGUGUAGAUAAAAGGCAGAGCUGUAAUAAGGGCAAAAUAAAUAAAUAAAUGAAACGACACAAAUUUUUGUAGGAACAUUAGGCGGUUAUUUAUUUCCAGUGUUAAUUUGUUGGCAGGUAUUUCAGUAAAUUGUGGUUUUGCCGAUGUCUCGAGAGACAGUGCAUGUAAAUAAAGCUUCCAGAACCACUCUAGUAAAACUGUUUUAUGUGUGUGUGUGAAAAUUGAAUUUCCCCUGAGGAAUUGCAUGGUUGCAGGUGGAGGUAGGAUACAAUUUCCAAUUGGCCAGCUGGGUUUGAGCUCCCGGCCAAUCACGGUGCUGUAUCCGAGAAGAACUCAGUGGGUCGGGAAGCUGAGUGGUGCAUAUUUUUACACAUUUAAAUGGAGCUUGGUUGGUGGUCGCUAUGGAAGCGAGCAGUCAAUUUUGACUCAUUGGCCGCCAUCAAUGGCGGCACACGUCCAGUCCAUUUGAACUGGGAGGCAUGGCAGCAAUCGAACGAUCGUCCAAAACUUACCAGCAGUGGCGUGCACAGACAAUUUGGGG